AGGAGAAAGUGGCGGAGAUAUGCGCGCCGCCACUCAGACACCAUCAGACAUCCACGGCCAUCGCACGACGACGGAGGGAAAUGUCACUCGGGCCUUUCUCGAAAGCACAAGCGACUCGAAGCGCAGCUUUGAGCCAUCGAGGAGGAGGACUCAGGAUGGCAUUCACAAGUCUGCUCUUUGCUUGCAUUCUAACUGAAUUGACUUUUUCAACACAAGCACUGGUGAGCGUCAGCAACGUUACAGCCGAGUGCGGCGAGCAAGUGGCAAUACGCUGCAACGUGUCGACGCAGAGGGAUGGGCUGUCAGUCAAACAUAUGGAGUGGUCCCGAAACCACAAGCCUUUGUGUCAAGUGGACGGCGAGGGGAAAUUGAACCACAGCAGAAACACAAAAAGCCACUUACGCUGCGAGUAUAAAAAAGGCCAGCUGUCACUCAUCUUUGCAAAAGUGCAGCCGGAGGAUAGCGGCGCCUCAAACCGCUACAUGUGCAAACUGCGGUCCAACUGGGGGAUUUCACAUGGAUAUAGCUGGAUAGAGCUGCAAGAGUGCUGCGGGGUGGCCAAAGGCGUUUUGUCCAAGGACGGUCCUGUCUGCACGUUCAGCUACGUCCAUCCGAACGGAGACGUGCUCUGGUCUCACGCUUCCCGAAGCCAGUCGGAGGGACCUGUAAGGCAGAACACAUUUAAAAGUGUGGAGGAAGGCGGCUGGCUAACCAUUCAAAGUCAGCUGGAAUGGAAUUCCAACGGGCCCUUGAACUGUUCCCUGAUGAGCGUCGAUUCUGGAAGGCACAUUUCUUGCAAUUCGUCUGAGGAGGUUGAAUUCCUUAACGGGUAUGGACUGAGACCUCAGGGGUCCGCACACAAGGUCUCGAAUGGAGCCGCAUCACUUGAACCCUUCAGGACAAUUCUGUCGAUAUCAAUCAUAAUUGUCGUCAUGCAGAAAUGAAGGUUUUGCUGAAGUAAUUCCACAACAUUGAGCGUGAUUACUGAUGAGACAUCUGUUGUGUUAUUUAGUAACGAUGAGGUACUGGGAUUUUGCUAAUAAAGACCAAGGGAGCGCUGCUCGCACGGUCCAAAGGUUUAUAAUUGUGCUUCUACUUCCUGAUUAACGUGAACAAGGAAAUUGCACAAUGUUAAAUGGGGACAACAAGGGAGCGGCUCGUCAACAUGGCAAUAAAAAAACGGCAUUAUAAAUCUCGCAA